GACUGAGGAUGUUUCUCACAUCCUACUAUUGGUUUCGUUGUCCCAAGGAUUUCAUUUGAAGGGCGGGGCACUUCUUCACUUCCCUCCACCCCAACCGGAGACUGAAGUCUGGACCAAUGAAAACGUAGAACCUCAUUUACUGGCACUAAGAACUGGCACUAUUUAAGUAAGUGGUAGCAGGAAUGGGCUGCGAGCAUCGGCUUUCUCCACAAAGGGGCACACUAUCAUCUGAUCUGUGGCACCGCUGAGCUGAAGAGAGGGAACAGGAACAGAGGAAAGCGCGCAGGACUGCUGGUGCCACUAUGUGCUAUGUAAAGUGUGCAAGAUACAUCGGAUACUCUCUGGUGUGGGCUGCUGUCUUCUGCAUCGUGGCUAAUGCUUUGCUCUACUUUCCUAAUGGGGAAACGAAGUAUGCUACCGAGGACCACCUCAGCCAUUUCGUGUGGUACUUUGCAGGCAUUAUAGGUGGAGGCCUGCUGAUGCUCCUGCCAGCGUUUGUGUUCAUUGGGAUGGAGGAAGAGGACUGCUGUGGGUGCUGUGGCUACGAAAACUACGGCAAGAGAUGCUCGAUGCUUUCUUCUGUACUGGCUGCUCUGAUUGGAAUCGUGGGAUCUAGCUACUGUGUCAUUGUGGCAUCGUUGGGUUUGGCAGAAGGACCAAAGUGUAGCGAUGCCAAUGGAGUAUGGAACUACACCUUUGCCAACACUGAGGGACAGUACCUUCUGAAUUCCUCUAUGUGGUCCAAGUGCUAUGAGCCCAAGCAUAUUGUGGAGUGGCAUGUGACUCUAUUUUCUAUCCUCUUGGCUUUCGCUGCAAUUGAAUUCAUCUUGUGUCUCAUUCAAGUAAUAAAUGGAAUGCUUGGAGGCAUAUGUAGCUAUUGCUGCUCUCGACAACAGCAAUAUAACUGCUAAAAAAGAACACAAGACAGAACUGCGUGCUUCCUGUAUUUCACUGUAAUUUGUGUAUUUUACCUGUGUCGUGAGACUUGGCACCUUGUGUCAUACCCCACCCUUUCUGCUUUUAUAAGGAAAUGUGCUGACAUAAUGCUAUGAUGUCAGUAUUUACAUUCAUAAAACAAACUUUGUUUUGAAGAACGAGGCAGCAAACUGCACUCUCUCAGAAGGGACUUUACAGACUUAAUGACUGUUCUCAGCAUAGUUGAGAUAAACUCUUCAAUGUUUGAGAUAAAAAUCAUAGCUAACUAUUGUGCAUAUGUGCAUUUUUUUUUUUAAUAAAAGAUCUCUGGUUUCCUUUUUAAGACCAAGAAGGAGAAAAAAAAAACCCUGAAAAGAUAUAUUUACCUGUUUAUAUGCUGUUUCCCAUUUGUAUGUGAAUGAGUCUCUAAGAAACCCUCUGAAGUGAAAGAAAAGCAUUUGCCUGAAAUGGGAAAUCACAUUGAGAAAGGUCUAACCCAAGUAUGGGAGAGGAACUACGGAAAACUGACAGUGGCGGUGGACACUACUCGAGGCUGAAGUUCUCUAGCAUGUAGAAAGCUUUUCACCUUUCAAAGACAAAGACUGUUUCUGUAAAGAGGACGGUCAGGAUAGUUAGACAAGAAGGAAAAUGAGAAAUGGAAAAAAAAGCAGUUGAUCGCCAUGGUGGGAAAAAAGGGAGAGGUAGGGCAGGGUCAGCUCCCUAGGGUAAGCUCACGAGGGAAAGCUCCCCGAACUUGUAUAAGUUAACUAUUCACUACCAUUCAACUGUGGUGUUAGCUUUAUGUCUGCAGUGACACCCUCCCUCAUCAGGCAAUCUAUCGGAGUCAUGUCGAGAGGACUUCUUUCUAACGCUUAGGAAGAUCUAUUACCUUUUCUGGAAGACAAAAGACUUUUUCAGAGUGCAGGCUUUUGGGUCUGGAGAUUUGGUUUCUAACUUCAUAGAAUUUGAUUUGAAAGGUUACACACAGUGAAUACGCCCAGUAGGACAAGUCAAUGGCAUUGUCCACAGGUUCCGUCUUUCCAUUCCUGUUUGUGGUCUGUGGUCUAUAGGUUGGCAUCUAUGCCAAGGCCUUGCUUUCCGCCUGGCUCCUCUCUCCUGCUUUCCUUGCCUCAUCCCCUCUUCUGCAUUUUCUACCAACAGAUAACUAUGGCUAUGCUAUCCCUCGAGGCUAUCAAAUCAGCUAGAUAUCUUUCUUUCUGCUGGGUGCUCCAGUAAUCAAAGUCCUGGGUAAGGUAGCAUGUUUUUCUCUUUUAGUGCACAAAUUACACCUUGUCAUUUAUUUAUUUAUUAAUGUAAGUGAUCCCUUAAUUCACUGCUUGGCAGGAUUACUUAGAGGGGGAUAGACCUAUGUAUUUGCUCACCGGUUCAGAGCUUUCAGUCUGGGUUCACAGGCUGCACAGAUCAUAGGCCUGUGGGGAACAUCAUGGGGGUAGGAAUGUGUGGAGGAGGACACAGAUCACUUCAUGGGAGAUAGGAAGCAGGCAGAGCAAGGGGACCAGAUGUAACCUUCAGAUGCAUGUCCUCCAACAACCCACUUCCUCCAACUAGGUCCCACUUCUAAAGUUCCUACUAUCUCCUAAAACCAUUAAAGGACCAACGGUUAAGCAAACACAAUCAGAAAAUAAUGAUUGGGAUUUUAUAGAGAGGGCUUGGCUUUGGUUGUUCACUGUUCUGGGUAACAGACAAGAGAGAUAAUAAAGAGUUUUGCUUGCUAUUCGA